AAUCCUCUGAUUCCUCUCCUCUGCUAAUAACAAACUCUUUGAAUAUUAAUUUCUCUUUUGGCUCUCAAAAUUUCUCUCUAAAAUGGCUGUUGAUUCCACCCUUUCAUCUCCACUCAGCCCUCCGGCAUGUGAAAAAGACGCAAAAGCUUUACAUUUUAUCGAAGAAACCACGAGACAUGCCGACAUGGUUCAAGAGAAGGUUUUGGCCGAAAUUUUGAGCCGAAACGCCGAGGUUGAGUACCUCAAACCUUUCAAACUGGGCGGAGCCACUGGUCGAGAGACUUUUAAGUCGAAAAUUCCGGUGAUUACUUAUGAAGAUCUUCAGCCUGAAAUUCAACGUAUCGCUAAUGGUGAUCGUUCUGCUAUUUUGUCAGCGCAUCCUAUCUCUGAAUUCCUCACCAGCUCUGGAACUUCUGCCGGUGAAAGAAAGCUCAUGCCUACCAUUCAAGAAGAGCUGGAUCGUCGCCAGUUGCUUUACAGUCUUCUCAUGCCAGUAAUGAAUCUUUACGUGCCUGGAUUGGACAAAGGCAAAGGUCUGUAUUUCUUGUUCGUGAAAUCCGAAACAAAGACCCCAGGCGGCCUCUUGGCUCGCCCGGUGCUCACCAGCUACUACAAGAGUGAGCACUUCAAGACCAGACCAUAUGACCCCUACAUGGUCUACACGAGCCCCAACGAGACCAUUCUCUGCGCCGACUCAUUCCAGAGCAUGUACUCACAAAUGCUCUGCGGCCUGAUAGAGCGCCAGCAGGUCCUCCGGCUUGGCGCCGUCUUCGCCUCUGGAUUGCUCAGAGCCAUCAGAUUCCUCCAGCUCCAUUGGCAAUCACUUGUCAAUGAUAUCGAAACCGGCACUCUGAACCAAAGAAUCGUGGACCCUUCUAUAAGAGAUUGCAUAAGUAAAGUUCUCAAGCCUGACCAGAAGCUUGCGGCGUUCAUCAGAAAUGAAUGUUCGAAAGAAAAUUGGGAGGGAAUUAUCACAAGAAUUUGGCCGAACACCAAAUACUUAGACGUGAUUGUCACCGGAGCUAUGGCUCAAUACAUUCCUACACUUGAUUAUUACAGCGGUGGCUUGCCUUUAGCAUGCACGAUGUAUGCUUCAUCGGAAUGUUACUUCGGCCUUAACCUUAACCCCAUGUGCAAACCAUCGGAAGUAUCUUACACCAUCAUGCCAAACAUGGCUUAUUUCGAGUUUUUGCCUCACGAGCCUGGCUCAGCUGGGUUGACUCGCGACUCACCGCCAAAACUCGUUGACCUUGUCGAUGUUGAAGUUGGGAAAGAAUACGAGCUAGUUAUCACCACUUACGCAGGUUUGUACAGAUACCGAGUCGGUGACAUCCUCCGAGUCACCGGGUUCCACAACUCAGCCCCGCAGUUCCAUUUCGUCAGGAGAAAGAACGUCUUACUCAGCAUUGACUCGGACAAAACCGACGAAGCUGAGUUACAAGCCGCCGUCCAGAACGCCUCUCAACGCUUAUGUGAAUUCAACACCAGCGUGGUGGAAUACACCAGCUACGCCGACACGAAAACAAUCCCAGGCCACUAUGUGAUUUACUGGGAGUUACUGGUUAAAGAUUCGGCAGAUUCUCCCACUAAAUAGGUGCUGAACCAGUGUUGUCUAGCAAUGGAAGAGUCACUGAACUCAGUGUACCGACAAGGACGAGUUGCAGACAACUCAAUCGGACCACUGGAGAUACGCGUGGUGAGGAGCGGAACGUUUGAGGAGUUAAUGGAUUACGCAAUAUCGAGAGGCGCCUCGAUCAAUCAGUACAAAGUGCCAAGGUGUGUUAACUUUACGCCCAUCGUUGAGUUACUGGAUUCAAGGGUAGUAUCGGCGCAUUUUAGCCCAGCUUUGCCGCAUUGGACCCCGGAAAGAAGACGGUGAUCUGAUAAUUAUUCUGGGCACCGACCAGAGGAAGUCAAUGCAUGGGAUAGAUCAUAGAAGUAGAGAAUCUCUUUGUAUUUUUUUUUUUUUAAAUUUGAAAAUUUAAUUUUCUUAUGUGAUUAGUUUCUUUUCCUUUACGUUGAUAAGGAUAUUUGAGGUUAAGGGUAUUGUAUUAGUGGAAAAGAUGUGAUGCUUUUGGACGUUUGUCCCAAUGAAUUGUUGCUUUCA